AGCGCCAGUGCCAGCGCUCUUGCAGCAAUUGAUAGACGCAGAGAGUGUCUCGCUGAAGCCGCUGUUCCUCGCUUCGUUCUUCCUUUUGCUUCUGCACUCGACUGGCUUUGGAUUAUUACUAUUAAUAUUAUCACAAUUACCUGGAACUUCGCGUUUACCUGACACAUAAAUUAUUGGACUCGGCGGCCGAGAUGCCAAUGCACGCCAGUUAUCCCAGUAAAAACUACGACUACGAUUACGACUCCAUACAGCCGUACUUCUAUUUUGACACCGAGGAGGAGGACUUCUAUCAGCAGCAGCAGCAGAACCGGGUGCAGCCCCCGGCCCCCAGCGAAGACAUCUGGAAGAAGUUCGAGCUGCUGCCUACGCCUCCGCUUUCUCCCAGCCGACGGAGCUCGCUUUCUGUUGCCAUCCCGUCGGUCACCGAGCAGUUGGAGAUGGUUACGGAGUUUUUGGGGGACGACGUGGUGAACCAGAGUUUUAUCUGCGACGGCGACGACGACUCGCAGGCUUUUCUCAAGUCAAUAAUCAUUCAAGACUGUAUGUGGAGCGGAUUCUCGGCGACUGCCAAGUUGGAGAAAGUGGUCUCGGAGCGACUGGCCUCCAUUCAGGCUGCCAGGAAGGAGUCGACCGCUGGCGUUAAUGCCAACCUCAAUACCCACUAUCUGCAGGACCUGAGUGCCGCGGUCGUGGAGUGCAUUGACCCCUCGGUCGUAUUAACAUUUCCCUUGAAUGACAGCUCCAGGUCGUGCGCCGAGACUCCGCCGUCCCCGCUAUCAGAAGACACGCCGUCAAAUACUUGUAGUAGUGUGAGCAGCGGCAGCGAUUCCGAUGAAAAUGACGAUGACGACGAUGAUGAUGAAGACGAUGAUGAUGAAGAUGAGGAAGAGGACGACGAGGAAAUCGACGUUGUGACAGUAGAAAAAAGACAGCCAACUAAACGAACAGAUCCCAGCUCGGGGGCUGCUUCUGCCCCCCACAGAGCACACCAUAGUCCCCUUGUUCUGAAGAGGUGUCACGUUUCCACUCAACAGCACAACUACGCAGCCCACCCAUCCUCUAGGAACGAGCAGCCAUCUGUCAAAAGACUAAAGCUAGAGAGCACACGGGUACUUAAGCAAAUCAGUAACAACAGAAAGUGCUGGAGUCCCAGGACAUCUGACACGGAGGAGAACGACAAGAGGCGGACACACAAUGUCCUGGAGCGCCAGAGGAGGAAUGAACUUAAGCUGAGCUUUUUUGCGCUGAGAGAUGAGAUACCUGAAGUGGCUAAUAACGAGAAAGCCCCUAAAGUGGUCAUAUUGAAGAAAGCGGCAGAAUGCAUUUUCAGUAUGGAGACAGAUGAGCAGAGGCUUGUAGCCGUAAAAGAACAAUUAAGAAAGAAAAACGACCAGUUGAGACUCAGACUUGAACAGCUAAGGACCUCUCACAUCUAUUUGUAAAGACCUUGUUUUAUUAUUAUUUUUUUUUUCUGGGACAUUUCCAAGGUUCUAAGUUUAUUUUAUUUUAUUUUUUUAAUGAACAGGAUCAUUGUUUUUAAGACUGCUUGCCAAUGCAUGCUUAAUGCAGAUUUGAAAAGAAAAGGACUUGAAUACUACACAACCUUGGUUUUGAAACGAACCAAAAACCUCAAACUGCCUCAAUGGGACACACUCCGGUUUUAUUUUAUUUUUUAUUUACAGAUAAUUUUGUAUUUAAGUCAUUUAUUUUUCUUAAAAAAUAAUAAUAAUAAUAAUAAAAAAAGUACUUGAGAAAUAGAUAAAUAAAUGUUCUAUGACCUGUUGUACAUAGUUAAUCUUUUCAGAAAGUUGUAUUUACUGUGUAAUCAUCUUGUUUUUAUAUACUUUUUUUUUUUUGCUUGGUUUGGUUUCACCAGAUAUGUCUUUUUUGAUUCUGAAUCUUAUUUAAAUACAGUGCUUAUUGUUUUAAUGUUU